AUUGCAGAAGGCAUGGCUUUUAUCGAGAAGAGGAACUACAUCCACAGAGACCUGAGAGCCGCCAAUAUUCUGGUGUCGGCGGUCCUGGUGUGCAAGAUUGCAGACUUUGGGCUGGCCAGAGUCAUUGAGGACACUGAGUACACGGCCCGGGAAGGUGCCAAGUUUCCCAUUAAAUGGACUGCACCAGAAGCUAUCAACUACGGAACUUUCACUAUAAAAUCAGAUGUCUGGUCCUUCGGGAUCCUCCUGACCGAGAUCAUCACCUACGGGCGCAUCCCGUACCCAGGGAUGUCGAGCGUGGAGGUGAUCAGGGCCCUGGAGCACGGGUACCGCAUGCCCCGCACAGAGAACUGCCCCGAGGAGCUCUAUGACAUUAUGAUGAGAUGCUGGAAGACCAGACCAGACGAUCGUCCCACCUUUGAGUACAUGCAGAGCAUUCUGGAGGAUUUCUUUACUGCAACAGAGAGCCAGUAUCAGCAGCAGCCGUAA